UCGAUACUUUACAGGAGAGGUUGUUGGGAAACUGUCAAUGAUUACCAUCAGUGUUCAGACUUCAGUCUUCUUCAUUUUCAAUUCAGCCUAAACUACAUGCCUUACGAAUUAUUAAGCCACAACCACAAGCGUUCACAAAUCAAUUCUAUGCAUCAAAACGUUUUUAUCUAAAUAUAUUUCAUAAUUCAUAAAAUAUAACUGCUGGUAAAACUCACGGUUGCUUUGACAACCGUGAAGUAACAACAUCGAAGCCAGCAGGUCAUAGACAUAGUGGUUUAGUCCUCCUGACUUAUUAAAUUAAAACAUUUGUAGGUUCAGCAACGGGAACACUUGAGCAUUUUUCAAAACUCUGUUCCCUUCAGAAUAUUUGUAUAAUCAUGCAGAAAUGUUGAACUGCGACUUGAAGUAUCGUCGUAAAAUAUGUAUACAAAACAUUUCAAUCAUCUUGCGUCAAUAAUUGCCUUUAUCUCCAUUGAAACGCGCGCGCUAAUUGGUCCAAAACCUCGUUCAGUGGAUUAUUUUACACGGUCAUAUUUGUUUUGGAAAUAGCGGAGUCUUGAGGCCAAACAUUGCGAGAGCUUGAACCAGCUGAUAAAAUCAGUUUUUGUCGAGCGAUAAAAUGUAUUACAGUUCGCAAACACAGUUCCCUUCGUUGGAAGGACCUAAAUUUAAUCGUGGAACGGUAAUGCUCGCCUCUGCAAAAGAGGGACUUUAUCAUCCACACUUGCCGACCUUUCGACGUAUGGACAUGGACACUGUCUCUGAGAAACUACCUUAUGAACAUUGUAGAACGACUACAAACCUUACCAGAGACGAUUUUCGACAUGCUGCUGUGACUUUAUUCAGGAAGACGAAAGAGCCUCUUCGAGAGGAGUUUAACGUAGAAAACGAGAGCAAACAACGUCCAGCUACGGAUUAUGGUCGACCUGAAACAAGGUCUUUGCAUGAAGCGUCUCGCACCAGUCAAAGUCAAAGACCAUACACUAACUCUGGUUUUGGAAGUGAUCUGCGAAGGAUGCAUCCUGAUAAGUUAGGAGAACUCUUCCCGGCUUUUCGCAGAGAACCAGAUGAAAGCUCUUUUUCCAAGAGAUACAAGUUUCAAUACAUUCCACCUCACGUGCGUCCGGAGCAGUAUUCGAGAUUUCAUUUUGUUGACUGGACUGGAAUCAGACCGAUUCCUGCCAAUACAUACUCUCGAUACAGGGACGCCCACCCAAUGUACAGUGAAAAUAUCGCUUCCAGAUCGUGGAAACCUUAAUAUAUCAAUCUGAAUCCAAAGGAAGACUUUUGAAAAUAAACAUUUAAUUCGUUUGCUGUUUUUGUAAUAUAGAUUAAUCAUUAAUCUUUAUCACGUUCACUUUUG